AUGCUUGAUAAUCGAGAUGCGCAGCUUAAUGCUGAAGAACAUGCUUGCGGUCCGUACUGUUGGUUGGAUCUAAUGGGUAAAAAGCACUAUCGACUCCGCACGCAGACUCUGAGGCGUCUGGUCACUUAUGUCGAGAAGGGUGGUGUCCUAGAGACACACAAAGAUGUUCCAGGCGAGGUCCGGGAUGAGCUUUACUUGGAGGAGCAGCAGAGUAUCAAUUUUAAUACGACCCAUCCCACUGGAUUGGGUUCGGUAACUCCGGGAGAUGCCUCAGCUGGCCUGAGAGUUAUGGGUCCAUUGAAUAUUCCCGGGCUCAAAGACGUAGCUGUCAAAGAAUACGGUGAGUGGCUCGCAUCCAAUGUAUCCGACGAUGCUCUUAAGGCCGAAUUUCGACAAGCGUGUGAUAUAACGCUUUCCGAUGGAUUUGAACUUGAACACAUCUACAAGGAUCAAAACCCAGAAUUUUUUAUCGGCAAGGGGAUCAAGCCCGGAAUUGCCCGGAGUUUCGUGGAGAAUAUUCUUGACUGGGUUGAGAACGUGAAGAAAGGGGUACCUAUUAUUGAAAUGGCGUAG